AAGUAGUUCAUAUUAAGACAAAAGUCGAGAUAAGAUUUGAUAUCUCCUCGAUUCAGUGACACAAUAGCAGUAAACACUCGAAUUUCGACGCCGCUUGCACCUGUAUGGAAGGUGAGACGAAACCACCGCACGAACUUCUACUCGCCCAGCUGAUUCUAAGUGCUGUAGUCAUUGGACUUGUUGGACAUGCAACGUAUGAAAGUUUUUAUGAAAUCCCGAAAUAUAUCUUUGAAUUUCAACGUGGAAAACAUUAUUUCAGAUUGGCAGGAAAAACUCGCAUCGUGAUCAAUGAAUUCAGGUUAUCCCCUACCGUACUUUUCCUUCUGACGGUGAGCUCUGCGUAUUUCUUCGUCAACUUGUUAUUGUAUUGUACGAACAAGAUUAUCAAGGAACCCAUUUUAAAUGGAACAAUUUUGAUUUUAAUGCAGGAUGUAGUAUUUUGCUUUCUGAUGUUUGCCUGCAGUAUUGCAGCCGUUGCUUAUCCUGGUGAAAGAGCUACAGGAUCCAGAGAGACUGAAAUCAUAAUAGCAUCGGGAGUCUCCAUGUUCUGCUGCGUCUCUUCCGGAGUUGGAGUUUAUUAUUCAUACAGAGUCUACAAAGGACUAUGACAAAGACUUCCUCUGUACGUUAGCUGAACGCACAAAUGAAAGUAUUCUCCUGAAAAUGAACUGACUUAGACUACUGGUGGUUAAGGUUCAAGAGAUUACUCAAUUUGAACUUUACAUCAUAAGUACAGAAGUUGCUAAUAUUUAUUUUUCAAUCGUGCCAAAAUGUUACUCAUCACAAUCCCUUGGGCUAGACUCAACUGUGUUUUAACAUACAAAAUAAAAUCCUUCAAGACAAAUGCAUACAUUAAACUAAAUUGCUUUUUUGUUGAAUAAAAAA